CUUUAUUUGUGUAGUGGGUGAUUUGCACAUGAUGCAUAUUUGGCAGUUAAUACCUUCCAAAAUUCGGAAGUUCUUCCAACCACUUUACUACACAAUUUUCUCACAAAUAUUCAUUAUUUUUCAUUAUCAACUCAUAAAUUUGAUUAUUUUUAUCAUUUUCAACUUUUUUCACAAUUUUAACAAUUUUUAACAUUUUUCACAUUUUUAACAAUUUUGACAUUUUUUAUCCUAAUCCGGAUCUAACAAUUAGAUCUAACAAUUAUUCAAAUUUUAAAAAAAAUUAAUAGAUCUAAAAAUUAUUAAUUUUGUGAAAUUCUGGAAUAAAACUCAUGGACGAUGUUGAAACGGGUUACUAUUCCGAAUUAAGCUCCUCUGACAUGUCAAACUCCAUACACAAUACAACAAAUCAAUCAACUGGACCUACGGGUGAUCCGAGACCCUCAGAACCUACGCAGAGUAACCCCGAACCUGCAGAACCGGUGGAAACAGAGUUAAUAAGUGGAAUGAAUGAGAUAUACUCGUUGGACAGGGGAAAGACGAAGUUGUAUAAAGAAUUUUUAAAGUUAUACUCAGACUCUGACGAGGGUCAGAAAUUCGCAGAGUCUGACAGCUUUGAGCGAGGUCAAACCAGGAGAAAACUACUCCUGUGGCUUUUAAUUAUCGUUUUAAUCUCCAACCCAAUCCUCGGCGGUUAUAAUCUACACCAUUUCACAAGUUAUUUUAAUAACUUCACCACUACACAACUCAGUAAGGCGUUUCCACAGAAUACUGAGGUAACUAAAGAGUUGAGUAAAAAGUGGUAUCAAUUUUCAUUCAAUACACAAGGUGUAAGCAGUCAAGACACUGUAAACACAAACCCUGUGGACCCUUUGGAUAACCCUCGAAUUCUUGAGUUCAAGAGAGUUUGUGACGAGAUAAGUGUUAGAAUUCGUAGGUAUAGCUUUUAUGAAGUGUUUGGUGAGAUAAUCUUUGGUAUUUUCAGCCUAGUGCUCAUGAGUCUGUGUAAGUUACCGUGCAAUAACGGGAACUCCAUCCGUUUCAUGAUGCCCAUGCUAUUCAUUCUCUACAUGCUCAUUUACCGAUUUCUCGCCUUUUACAUCUUGUUUACCACGCUGAAAAUUGGGUUCUACUCACUAGUUACUUUGAAGCCCAGGGUACUCCAGUAUGUUCCCUACUUUUUAGUAUAUAUUUUAAGCAUUCGGAAUCUUGAUCCUUAUGACAGUGUUACCUUGGAAAUGCUGAGUAAGUUAUAUGUGUUGGACAGUUGGGGUAUAAAAAUGCUGUGGUUGUUCUGUCUGGAGAAUGUCCACAUAACAUUUUCCGAAUCGUUAGAACUCUUUACGCUGGUGGUAAAAUUAAUUAUUUCCAGACUACGUAAGGUGUUUGGUCGUAGUGACUUGAAUUUCUAUUCGAGUAACGACGGGGGGUUUAAGUUGUUUAGGAAUUGUUUUAGUAGAGACACUUUUAGUAGUUCGGAUCCACAUGAGAAAUAUAUUCACUCGUUGUAUAACUACGCCAGUGACAUUGGGACAUAUUUGAAGAAUAUUGACGUUGGAGACUACUCGCAAGGACUUGACGAUCUCACAAAUAAAUUUAAAAAUCGGAAAUUAAACUAUUAAUCACACUA